UUAUUUUUUUUGAGUACCAGUUUUUUGUUUUUAUAAUAUAACGCUGUGAAUAAGUUUCCAAAGUGUAAUAAUCAUGGUUGAUAAAUUAUUUUUGUUAUUUGCGUGUCUAAUAUUGCCGAGGCCAUCUUACAUGAACCCGGAUAAUAUUGGAUUAUUGACAAGUACAUUGAAAACCAUGCAAAGAGCAGCUUGUGAUGACGAAAUGGUUUCGUUGGGAUGUCCUCUAGGAACUUCUAUAAGUAUACAAGUAGCACAAUAUGGGAAAGCUGCUCCACAAGGUCAUAAAUGCGUCAUGGAAGGAUUGGAUUCCGAAGGUUUUGGAACAGGAGACAAAGAAGUAUGCUUAUGGCCUAAUUCUAUGCAGUAUUCACUUCUUCAAACAGUUGUGGAGGCUUGCCAAAAGAAGCCACAAUGCACGUUUAGUACAAAGUCCAAGCCAGGCACUGUUGACCCCUGUCCAUCUUCCAGGAAGUUCGUUGAAGUAGCGUAUAAGUGCAAACCAUAUGAGUUCCGAAGUCGCACUGGUUGUGAAAAUGAUGUUUUGGCCGUGACCUGUGAUGCACAUACAAGGAUAGCUAUCCUUGAUGCUCUGUAUGGUCGUACUGCUUACGAAUCGAACAAAUGUCCACAAACACACGGAGUUAGUGAUGAGAGUUGCAAAGCGCCACACACAGUAGAAACCGUGAUGCAAAAAUGCCACGGCAAACGUCGAUGUCAAAUAACUGUUACACAAAACACAUUCGGGACUCCUUGCAGACCUGAUUCGAAACCUUAUCUUAAAAUUGUGUAUGCUUGUGUUCCCCUGGGUGUUAUGACAGAGAAAUAUGAAAGUGCUUUGGAAAAAGAUGAAGUGUUAAAUUUCCCUUCUGGUGUAGAGGACAAAUUUUUUGAUGAAACAGAUGAAUUCGGUGAAGAAAAUGGUGCUCCACCGAUAGCGAUUCCAGCACCUCCUUCAUCGCAAGAUAACUCAUAUAACCAACCGCCAAUUGAUGUUACAAGUGCUGAAAAUAACAAUCAAGAAAACAUAUCAUUACCUGAUGCACCAAAUUCGAAAACAUCUAAAAUGUUAAUAUAUGCCGCUGUUAGCAUUCUAAUUUUAAUUACACUUGUAUUUGUUAUAGUAGUGAUUCGUUAUGUAAUAAAACGUAGAACAAAGAACAAUCCUAAAACAAAUGAUAUGUUUGCAACCGAAACACCUAAUAUAUUCGGCGAUGGACUUUCUGAUAUUGAUAAUGAUGUUGAUGUAAGUCAUAUUUCUGGUACUUUCUAUGAUCCUGUUCAUCCCGAUAUGAUUCUAUAUAAGGAUGUUCCAGGAAAUUCGACUCUAAGAGCUAUGAGACCUCUUUCAACAGUGUAUCCAUGUUCUAGCACUAACAUGUAUGGUACUGUAAAUUAUCCAUCGCAAACGAGAGAUUUCUCAAUUAGUAGAUUAAGUGAGAACAAAGCUAUUGAUAAUGACAUUAUAGUAAGUCCAAAAAGUUUAAGAGGUUAUUCAAAUUCGCAAUUUUUUUACGGCUGACAUCUAAAUUGUUGAAGUGUUUAUUUAAAUUUACAAGAAGUAUUAUUUUUAUGUGUUAAAGGUGUAAGGAACCAUUAAUAAAUAGCCAUGCUAAUCUGUUUAAAUAAAAUAAAAGCUUUUAAAGCAAAACUAUAUGAUACUAUAUGUUACCACCGAGCCUUGUCCUAGUCACUAUGCUAUGAAUAUUUAAAACUAUGUCAUAUUUUGCACUAAUUAAAGCUCUUAAUAAAUGUAUUAAAUUUUGUAUUGUCCAUAUUUGCCUAC